AUGUUAUAUCUGCCCACCCAAAUACCGUGGGACAACAAAGUGGUGAUAACCCACAUUCUCUUAGCCACCCUCUACCUCAUUGUGAGACACUGCAAACAGACAAGACCUCCAACUAUUAAAGACAUAAUAGCCACAGUGGAGAAAAGCAAAAAAUAUGAAAUGAUGCUCACAUGGAUGGGGUGGGACCAGUUUAUGGAGAGGCUUGGAGAUAGUGGUGAUAUAAAAGCUGGUAAGGGGAGUGCCACUAUGCUUACAAAGGCGGGUGCGGCCAGACAGGAUUGGAGAGAAAGCAGCAUGUAGGGUCGCAAACACCCAUACCCAUACCCACAUGAGCUGUAAGCCAUAAUUAUCGCACUUAUGACAAAUCACGGCUUGAACUAUCUUGCUUUGCAUGUAAUGCGUCUAUCUCAUAUAUUAGUUUCCCCUUUUACGUUGCAUUACUGAAAUAAAUGAACUUUUGCACGAUAUUCUGAUUUUUCGAGUUUCACCUGCAUGUGUUGUAAUCAAAAUUAUUCAACCCCUAUUGAAAAUCAAAUUUCUUGUCAAAGUUUACAGACUUUGAGCUGUGUACAAUGAAAAAAAUCAAACAAAAGCAAUUGACAUAGCUCAACACAAUGAAUGCUUCAAUUGGUUGAUCCAAAUUUAACUGAAAAUGCAACUUAUAAGGACUUUCACAGUCUCUAAAUUAUUCAACUCCCUGAGUAGAAUCCCUCACAACAACACAAAUAUGCAAAACAGGUGUUGUCUCAAGCACACCUGAUGCAACUAAUCAAGGGCUUCAUUAGUUGGACCAGGUGUGCUUGAGCUGGAACACUUUAGACUGGCUAGGGGUUUGCUGAGUGUGACGUUUGAUUGUAUGUUAGAAAUAUGGGGAAGUCAAAAGAAUGAUCCACAAAGAUAAGAGAAGAGAUAAUCUCCCUUCACAAACUUGAAUUCAUAGUGUUGAGCUAUUUCAAUUGAUUUUGUUUGAUUUGUUCAUUGCAAAGAGUUGAAAGUCUGUGAAUUUUGACAAUAAACUUGAUUUUAAAUGGGGCUUGAAUAACUUUGAUUACAACUGUACAUGCUCACACAUACCCUCACAUGUGAUACACACUUACACAAAGAGCCACACUAACACAAAUUCAGGCACACUAGUACAUAUAAACAUGCUAACACACUCAAGAAUACGUACCCGUAUACAAUGUUCUUGUGCUCCUUGGUUCUUAUCACUUUUCCUCUCUGUGUUCCUUAGUUGCCCUCUUUAUAACUCUUACUAUGUCUUCUUAAUCUUCUUUCCCCUUGACUGUUCCCUGGCUCACUGCAUGGUAUGAUUUCCUUCUCCUGCAGCACUUGGCAAGCAAGAGGUUCAUGAACUGCUUCCUCCAAUCGGUAAGUCUAUGCAGCUCCUCACUGUCCAGUCUUUAUUCCGCUGCAGAGUACCAAUAGACAGUUCAGCUCAUUGUCCACUUGAUGGCUUAAUAUGCCUGCACAAUAUUACAAGAAUUGAUUGAUAAAGACACACGCUGUGCCAAAAUGUUGCUUGCCUAUUUGGAUGGCUGAAUAAACCAAUAUUACAUUGUGAUAACCAAAUGCUAGAGUCUUAUUCUUUAUUUUCAUAUAUUUCUUAAUCCCUAAUACUCAAUCUUUGUCUUCCUUACCUCUGCUUGUUACAUUCCAGCCCAGUUUUCUGCAUCAAUGCAUCUACUCUCUGUGCCUCCCCUACCUAUUUCCCCACCACAAAGUUUUUCUGGAAUUGCAUACCCAUUUGGGCAAUGCUCUAUCUUGUCCUCCUUUUAUUUUCCCUUUUUCUUAGUAUCAAAAUCUCUGCCACUUCCCACUAUUACCUCAUAUCUCAUCCGGACUUUGUCUCCUUCUCGUGCUCUGCCUCUCACUAAAUUUUUAUGAGAAACCGCUCUCUCCUGGUGCUCUUCCUUCCUCUCCCAGCACUCUUUCAGUGUUUCUUUCUCUGACUCUGCCUCUUCUCCCCAAUCCCUCUUUGUUUGUGUUCCCCAAGGGUCUGUCCUCGGUCCCCUAUUGUUCUGAAUCUAUACUGCCUCCCUUGGUAAACUCAUUAGCUCCUUCAGCUUCCAAUAUGAUUUCUAUGCAGAUGACACACAAAUCUACUUGUCCUCCUCUGAUUUCUCACCACCCCUCUUGACUCGUGUCUCUGAUUGCCUCUCUGCUAUUUCCAAAUGAAUGGCUGCUCAUUUUCUUUAAUUGGAUUCAGUUGACCCUAACAAUAAAAAAGCAUAAAACAAGGGAUCCUGUUUUGUCACGUACCUUACCCACCUCAAAGGAGAUCAGAACAAAUGUGAAGGCUUCCUGAGAGAUUUUGCUGACAAUUUCAAUUUCCAAAGCAUUACAGCUAAUGAAGUUCUGUUGUUUGUCUUUGAAUGACUUUUCUGACCAAAAAUCACAAGGAGUGGAUACAAAUGCAGUUUGAAAUUUGAUUGUUUGUUAAAUACCUCUGAUUGGUCACCUUUUCUUCUCAAUGUGUCCCCUGGUGAUGUCCUUAUAAGACUAGCAGAUGGACUUGCACUAUGGUUCCCCACUUACUUGGACAUGGAUGCUAUUAGCCCACUUACUUGGACAUGGAUGCUAUCCACUUCUUGGAUAAAAAUUAGGAGAAAUCACCUUUGUCUCCUGGUAACAUGGUAGAGUUGGGACGGCAAUAUCCUAGUGCUGAGCUGUGACUGCAUUGGUGUCAGAUUGUUUUGAAGAAUAACUGCCAAUCCCAGUUCUAUAAUGUCAGGGAAUUACUUCACAGUCAUGGCAAGUAUAAGUAUAGGCUACCAUUAUAUUGUGCUAUGCACAAAGAUUCAGAGUAUGCACAGACUCUAUUCACAUUAGUGUUCAAUCAGACAUCUAAACAGCUUUAUUAUAAUGUAGAGAAUAUGUGAAGAAAAUUCUGGGUGUAUAGAAUGUUAUCAGGCAAAAAUAACACAUUAGAAAAUAUACAUAAAAUCUGAUACCCUAGGAGCCAACAUUAUAUUUUGCAUUCGCUUGCCUGUUUCUCGCAUUUUUAUUUUUAAUGUUUUAUAAUGAUAUUGAUUUUCAGAUUUUCACAUAGCAAGCUAUUGUACAACUUCUGACAAAUGUACCGGGUGCCUAGUGUAACGGAGUUCCCUGUAUCCCAGCUGGGUAGCUCGGCCAAGACUGCUUCCUAGCUGGAACUCAGUGAUUCUGCCCCAGUUGCUGUGGCUUGACUGGGGUCCUCCUGGAGCCUCUCCCUCCGGCAGGGCUGCCAUCAGACAUUUUGGGGCCCCUGACACAGCCCACGGUCUGGGCCCCCCGGGGCCCGCCCCCCAAGUCAGUCCACAUGACCUGCCCCAAGUCCGCCCACAUGACCCGCCCCCAAAUCCACCCACAGGGCCCAUCUUAAGUCCACCCACAAGGAUGAAGUGUGUGUGUACUGAAUUUGUUUGUGUGUGUGUAUAGUGGCUAUAGAAUGUGUGUAGUGGAUACAAAGUGCGUGAGCAAAGUGGAUACGCUGUUUAUAGGCCAUUCAGAUUGUAUGUUUGUGUAGUGGACAGAGUGUGUGUGUAUAGUGGAUGUAUUGUGUGUAUAGUGAAUGCAGAGUUUGUGUACUGGAUGUAGUAUGUGAAUAAUGAAUGCAGAUUGCGUGUUUGUGUAGUGGAUGUAGUGUUUGUGUGUAUAGUAAAUGCAGAGUGUUUGUUUGUGUAGUAGAUGUAGUGUGUGUAUAGUGAAUGCAGAAUGUGUGUUUGUGUAGUGGAUGCUGUGUGUGUGUGUAGUGGAUGAUGUGUGUAGUGGAUGCAGUUUGUGUGUUUGUGUAGUGGAUGCUGUGUGUAUGUGUGUGUGUAGUGAAUGAUGUGGGUGUGAUUGUGUAGUGGAUGCAGUUUGUGUGUUUAUGUGGUGGAUGAUGUGUAUGGUUGCGUAGUGGAUGAUGUGUGUGAUUGUGUAGUGGAUGAUGUGUAUGGUUGUGUAAUGGAUGCAUGUUUGAUUUAUGUGUGUGGUGGAUGUGUGACAAAUGCUGCUGGGAGGUAUUUUUUUGAUGUUGAAUUUUUAGAAUUAAAAAAUAAAAAACGUAUUCCCCCCUCCCUGCCUCUUACCUGUAGCCAGGGAGGGGGGACACUGGAUUCCCUGGUGGUCCAGUGUCUCCGCUUGUUGGGCCAGCAAGGAGGAGCCCAGCAGACUCCCUCCACGUUCUCCCUCCUGCCAGCCAGUGCUCUAUUUCUGACGCGAGUCCAGCAUGCAUUGCGUGCCGUGGAGCGUUGUCAUGACAGCCGUGGCUCGCAAGAGUGCUGAAGGGGAAGGUAAAUAUACCCUGGGCCCACAGAGGCAUAUAUACAUAGCAGUACUCGCUAUAUAUAUAUGCAGAUUGAAGGGCUGGGGGCCCGGGUAUGCAGAGGAUUACCUGUGCAGACUGGGCCCCCCAAUGAGCCAAACUCUGUCUUUUAUGCACAUACCCCAGCAGAGGUUCUCCAUUGUAUUCAGCACAAGCCUCUCCCAGGAACCUCUGGGCCUGGGAGAUAAUCGCGUUAAAGACAGGUAAGCUAAUUAUCACCCAGGAACAGAGAGGCAAACACAAAAAUUUAAAACAUAAAAAUACCCCAAAACAUCAUAAAAAUCUAUAAUAACCUCACAUAAUACAUCCCCAAAUAGCCCUGACCUGAGAGCUCAAGUUCUCCAAAUACCGCUCAGAUCCAUGCAGUGUAGUGGAAACGCCACCGUGCUAAAGUUCUGACCGGCCGCACACGUGGUCCUAUGCCCAAAAUAGUUCCAGGGUGUUUUGUGCUUUUGGUAGCUCCUGCGUCCGCAAUAUGGGGUACUCCACCUGGCUCUCAGGGAGCAUUUGUUCCCCUUAGUCUCAGGCACCUUCCCUCCAAAAAAUGCUCUCCUGCUGAUUUUCAGUGGUUCAACACCCAGGACCAAGUUGUUUCGGAACCACAUGGUCACCUCAUGCGAAAAACAGUUCCAUAACAUUUGCAACUAAGGGUUUGGUUCAUGAGAACGGACUGCCAGGGAGCUCGCAUUCGGUUCCAUUCGAAUGAAGGGAAAGUGCCGAACCAGUGGCAGCAAGGGAAAGCUGUUAAUGGCAGCUGGGCAGGGUAACUCCAAAAUUGUGUCUCAGACCUGAACCAUAGUAGAUGAGCAGGAGGCCAGCUCCCACACUCCUCCAGGAGUUUGUGGCAAACGUACGUGAGAAGGAGCCUUUGUCACACCUAGUACUCCUAAAUAAAAGGGUUGCUCCAAAUAAAGGGAACUUUUUUGGGAUGAAGUGUCCCUUGCUGGCACAGUCUCUGUCUCAUCUACCCAUGUUUACACCUCUUGCAGCAAUGUGCUAUCAUACAUCUCUGCAUGUCAAACGGAAACACUGUACAUACUGACACAGGGGCAUCAUGGCCACUUCACAUGGUCAUGUGUCAAGAUAACUAUAAGGGGAACCACACACACACACACACAGACUCUAAAAUACAACAGUGGUAUAGAUGCCAUGUUACCGGUUCUUAGAGUAGCUGGGCUCAGGGCCGGCGCGUCCAUAAGGCGGCACAGGCGGCCAUCUUAGGGCGCACGGGCACUGGGGGCGCAAUAUUUCAGUGACCGGCAGGAGGGAAGCUCUCCCUCCUGCCCGGCCACCAUCUCGACCCCCGGUGCAGCGCGCGGCAGUGCUGUGAUCAGGCGCGGCGAGGGAGCUCUAAUCUCCACCCUCUGCUCCCUCGCGCGCUGCCUACUGAUGCCGCGGGAGCCGGAAUAUGACGUCAUCAGUAGGCAGCCCGCGAGGGAGCAGAGGAUGGAGAUUAGAGCUCCCUCGCGCGCCUGAUCACAGCACUGCCGCGCGCCUCUCAGCAGCCCCAGCCUUCAGGGACCGAUCCAGCAUCCACACCAGCUCUCCAGGUAGGGAGGCUGUGUGGAAAAUGUUUAUUUAUAAAAUUAUUAGUGAAUGUAUGUGAUGUGUGUCUGUGUGUGUGUGUGUCUGUGAGUGACAGUGUGUGUGUCUGUGAGUGACAGUGUGUGUGUCUGUGUGUGUGUGUCUGUGAGUGACAGCGUGUGUGUGUCUGUGAGUGACUGAGCGUGUGUCUGUGUGUGUCUGUGAGUGACAGUGUGUGUGUCCAUGAAUGACUGUGUGCGUCUCUGUGUGUGUCUGUGAGUGACAGCGUGUGUGUCUGUGAGUGACAGUGUGUGUGUGUGAUUGUAUGAGUGUGUGUGCAUGUGUGUGUCUGAGUGACUGAGCGUGUGUCUGUGAGUGACAGUGUGUGUGUCUUUGAGUGACUGUGUGUGUCUGUAUGUGUGUCUGUUACUGACAGCGUGUGUGUCUGUGAGUGACAGUGUGUGUGUCUGUGAGUGACUGUGCGUCUGCGUGUGUGUCUGUGAGUGACAGCAUGUGUGUGUGUGUGUGUGUGUGUGAGUGAGUGCGUGUGUCUGUGAGUGCAUGUGUGUGUCUGAGUGACUGAGCGUGUGUCUGUGUGUGAGUGACAGUGUGUGUGUCCAUGAGUGACUGUGUGCGCCUGUGUGUGUGUCUGUGAGUGACAGCGUGUGUGUCUGUGAGUGACAGUGUGUGUGUCUGUGAGUGACAGAGUGUGUGUGUGAUUGUAUGAGUGUGUGUUCAUGUGUGUGUCUGAGUGACUGAGCGUGUGUCUGUGAGUGACUGUGUGUGUGUCUGAGUGACUGAGUGUGUGUGUGAGUGAUUGUAUGAGUGUGUGUGUCUGAGUGACUGAGCGUGUGUCUGUGAGUGACAGUGUGUGUGUGUGUGUGUGUGUCUGUGAGUGACUGUGUGCUUCGGUGUGUGGCUGUGAGUGACAGUGUGUGUUUGUGAGUGAGUGACUGUCUGUGUGUCUGUGAGUGAUUGUAUGAGUGUGUGUGCAUGUGAGUGUAUGAGUGUGUCUGUCAGUGUAUGAUGAGUGUGUUUGUCAGUGUAUGAGUGUGUGUCUGUCAAAUCAGUGAGAGUAUGUUUGUCAUUGAGUCUGUGUGUGACUAAUAGUGUGUCUGUCAAUGAGUGUCAAUCAGUGUGGGUCUGUCAGUGUCAAUGAAUGAGUGUGUGUCAGAUCAAUGAGUCUGUGUCUGUCAGUGACGUCUUUGUGUUUGUCAUUGAGUGUGUGACUGUCAGUGUGUACAGAGUGUAGUGGAGCAGAGCGCGGUACAGGAGCUUCUGUUUCCUGUACCUGGCCAGACUGACAGGAGGGGCUCACAGAGAGAGCACUCCCUGUCAGUCCGUCCGGGUACAGAAAACUGAAGCUCCUUUAGGGGAUCUGCUCCGCUCGGCAAUGCAACAAUAGAGGUAGGAGGCACACACCAGGAAGCGUGACCACUAAAGGGGUGGGGGGUGCACCAAGGGACAGGGAGGGAAUGGGAGAGAAACACCAAGAGACAGGGAAAAAAGGGGGGAGGGGGAAAGGGGGGAGGGGAGAAUAACACUAAGGGACAGGGAACGGAAGGGACCACUAAUGGUCGGGGAGGGGAGAGGGGCUGGUUAAGAGGCACAUAGGUGAAGAUUUUAGGGGGGGAGGCGGGAGGGGGGAGGGCGGAAAAAUGCAUCUUCGCCUAUGUACCUAAAAAUCCAAGCACCGGCCCUGGCUGGGCUUUAUGUAUCGAAUAGUCAAGGAAAGAUCCAAGGGCAAGGGAAAGAGACAUCAGGUAAAUGUAAGACAAGCCAAAAUACAGGAACACGAAGAGCAGAAUAAAUGAGUAACAUGCCAAGGUCAAUAACAGGAAUACUUCAGAAUACAAUACACACUAUUGGGCUAAACAAAUAGGCCCAUGCCUACAAGUAAAUGGCAGUAGAAUGGCUGUAGUCAGUGAGUGCUGAAAGACCCAAUUCAUUUUUUUUUAACAAUUUGUUCGGUGCUGCCAAGUUAUCACUAGGUGUCGCACCAUCAGAUUCCGGCAUCAAUGAUCAUAAAGAGAAGCGCGCAGGCAGCAUGCAGCAUCUCUCAUGCUACCGAAGCAGUGAGCGGGUGCCUCAGAACAGGUAAGUAUUACAUCAUGGUGCUUGGAGUAACCCUUUUAAGUAAAUUAUCUUUUCAGUUUCACUUUCUGCAAACUGUAUAAUUGUAAUUUGCCCAUUAUCGUUCCUGUUUCUGAAAGUACUGUCAUUUCAUUAAUGGAAAAAAUGGACUAAAACUCCUGAGUAGAGGAGUCCACACACAUUCUGCAGACUGUGGAUAUAGAACCAGUUAAAUAAACAUGUAUUGUAUUAUGUAAAUGUGUUAAAAAAAAAUUAGAUUUCUUAUACCAGGAGGGCAUAUUAUUGAACUGAUAAUUAAUAACGGCAACUUGAAAGCCCAUUACAAUUCUGCAUCUUUUGGAGAACAUUUAAUGAAGACUGGUGGUGGACCCCUUGGGCGUCUUCUUUUCAAACUUGCCAAGUAAGCCCUGCUUUAUAAUCAUUGUACUUAUCUUUCACAGAGUUGGUAGUAUGUGUGUGCAGGUUAACCCUUCACACACUGUCCUUGACUCAUACAUUAGAGAUUCCAUUAUUGCAUCAAUCAGAGACACAUUUUUUAAAUGCAUAAAUCUUGGGAACACCGUAGUGUCAGGAACAUAAACAUGUAUUCCUGACACUAUAGUGUUUAACUGUUUUGGUGACGGCCCUCCUUAGAUUGCUUAGGAAAGGUAUUUUUUAUUAUUCUUUAUUUUUGGCAUGCAUGAGAGUUACAGGCAGUCUCGCUAUGCCCCAACAGCCUAGACAAGGUGAGUAAUAACAUAAAGCAUAACAAUGUAGGCAUACAUGAAUAACUGCACACAUUUUUUGGGGAAAUCAAGAGUGGUGCAAGCUAAAUACAUGAAUAUAGUAUAAUUAAGACAAUAAUGUGGGACUAUGGAGUAUUAGUAGGACAUUCGUUGGGGUAAAACAAGCUAUGUCAGAACGUUGCAUAAAUACCAAUGGCCCCGCUUAUUAGGUAUGUCAGUGGAGAGAAAUCAAAAGUAUUGGAAACAUAUGUCAGACCAACUGACUGCAUAAGGGGUCGUAAUAAAAGAACACAGGCUUAUAAAUUAAGAGACAUACUAUUUGGUGAGAUUAUUAGCUUGGUUAAGGUAUUACUUGACAUAGUUCAAGGUUGCUUGUUGAAGAGUUAUAUCCUAUACUAUUACUAGAGAGAGUAAGCAGAGUCUAGUGUUAAGAGAGAGAAAGUAGAAGAUAGUGCCUCAGGUUCAUAAUAAUGCACAAUACCAUCUAGAGAUUGUUUAGCUUAGCGGUGAGUGUGAAAGAAAGAGGUGAUUGAAAUGAGUUAAAAGAGACAUAUCUACACUAAAAUAAGGGUUGCUUGUGUGUGGGCGGCUUGUGGGUUUAGGCUCCAGUCCUUAGAGCAACUCAACCUAUGCCCUUUGUUUCCCGCUGGUUGAUUCACCUGGCUCCCGUUGCAUUCAGGGUAUGAGAGCUCCUCUGGUCCUCAGCUUGAUGGAGGGCUGUCUUCAUUGCCCCAGGGAAGGUGUUUUUAUCCACAUUUUCUUCCACUCUGUGUUGGUAGCGCAGCAGGUGGCCCCACCUCCAUGGCUGAGAUGAUUAAUCUUGAUGAUCUCAGCCAAUAAAAUGCUUUCCUAUUGAAAAGCAUUAGGAGGCUAUUGGGCAAGCACAGCAAACCCAGAGGCUAUUUGCCAAUAAGCACCUCCUCAUAGAGCAACACUACUAGUGGCCAUUAGAGUGACCACCACUAGAGGUUUUCCUAGCAGUAAAAAGUCACUGUUUACAUUAAAAAGCAUGCAGGGACAGGCUAUAGACACCAGAACUACUGCAUUAAGCUGUAGCGGUUCUGGUGACUAUAGUGUCCCUUUAACUGCUUUUGUAUUGUACCUGUUUCAAAUGCACUGGCAUAAAUAAAUUAACUAGGAUUUGGCAGGAGGACAUGCAGCUUUGACUUUUUAGCAGUGCUGUCUACAAGCUCUGUGGUUCUGUACAUGUCAUUCUGUAAAGUUUAAUAUUUCUUUAAUUUGUGCAGUGUCUGAAUGAUUACUUGGUUUGUUCCUUUAUCUAUACCCAUCCAGUUCCUCUCCCUGCCCUUAUCUUUACUUCUCUUCCUAUUAAAAAAACCUUUUUUCCUAUAUUACUCUCUCCCUUUCAAACCACUCUGUAUUCACUCCAUUUCAGGCAACCGUUCAUUCAUUUUUAGAGGAAUUCUAUAAUUGGAAAAACAGAUUUUUUUCAUGUUUAAUAAAACGUUAAGAUGGAGUUUUGCCAAAUGUUACACACUGAGAGCAGAAAAUGAGAAACAAUGAGUGAGUAAAAUGCAACUUAAAUUUUAAAAAGAUUGUAAGAAAUUGAAGCAAUUUUCGUGUAUAGGUCAUGCCCCUGCAGUCUCACUGCUCAAUUAUCUGCCAUUUAGGGGUUAAAUAACUUUGUUUAUACAGCCCUAGUCACACCUUCCUUCAUGUGACUUCCUUUACAGCACUUCCUGUAAAGAGUCAUCUAUUGCUUACAUUUUCUUAAUUGCAAAUUAUGUUACAUUAAAAAAAUGAUUAUCUCCUGCUCUGUAAAGAGCUUGCUAGACCAUAUAGGAGCCUCUUGUGUGUAAUUAAAGUUCAAUUUACAGAGAAGGAGAUAAAAACAUUUUAAAGUAAGUUACAUCUUAUUGAAAAUAAAAUAAUUUUGUUUUCAUGCAGACUGUGUCGAUCACAGCCUGGGAGGUCUGGGUAGGGCUACAUAACAGAAACAAAGAGGAUUUAACUCCUAAAUACCAGUGAAUUGAGCAGUGAAACUUCAGAGGCAUGAUCUAUACACAAAAACUGCUUUAUUAAACUAAAGUUGUUUUGGUGACUAUAAAGUCCACUUAGGAUUAUUUCUGAAUGAAAGCUAGAAUAAUCUACAAUGUUACCACAUGAAAGGAGGCUUUAUAUUUUGCAUUUUUAAUGCUUGUCAACCAACGCAAAAGAUGCAUGCAAAACAGGUCUGAAAUAAAAUUGUCUGAAAGUAUCCUCAAUGGACCAUAUACGAAGGUCAACCAGAGAGGCCCCAGUUGACAAUGUGGAAGACACUGCUGCAACGCGAACUGAAUGUGCACCGAAAAAAGGUAUCUAUACCUGCUAGACAAAAGCCAGUGGACCUAGGGUGCUAACAUAGUAGACUGGGUGGUGAAGUUUCACAUAUGAAAUAAGCAAAUGUCCUGCAGAACAAAAAGUUACAAUUGCCGUCCUAGCCACAUAACAUAGGAGACAAGCCACCAAUCAGCGAAGCGGUGCUUGAUGGAAAAACUAAUUACACUUAGUAUGAUAAUUACCAGAAAAAUUGACAAAUGUCCCCAAUUGAAGACUCAAACUUCCAAAACUCAGUAAAAGGACACCAGAUAUAAUAAAUCAAUGGAUCUUUCCCAAUAGAAAUGCCCUGAGUAGGUGUGAGGUCUCCAGUACUUACCUUGGCAGUUGAGCUGUUGAGCCGGACCACCACUCCUGUGCAUUAACACACUCAAGUCAGCAUCUUGGAUUCCGGCCAAUACGCGCCUGUCCAUUUUUUGUGACGUGGUGCACCAGUGGGCGUUAUUUCGUCAGAGUGGCUCUAACCACUAGAGACCAACAAGUUCUCACAUUUUGGGGGUGUAGUUUUGCUAAACACAUCCCCAAAGCUAAAAAAUACCUACAGUCAGCACAAGGCAUAGAGCACUGCUGUUCCUAGGCUUCCGCUGUCACAAUAGUGCAUACCUUGGUUUGUGUAUUGUAUUUUUUGGUAUUGAGACGACUUUGUCUUGGCUACUCUGUUUCUCUGGUUCCCUUGACCAGGCAUUGUUUCUCGUUUAGUGAUUUUCUGGCUUCCCUUGACCUUGGCUUGUUCUGAAAUUCCUGUUAUUUAUCCUGUCUACCCGGCCACUUCAAGGACCUGUUUAGGGACCUUUUUUCUGUCUCUAUUCCUCUGGAGGAGUCUGCGUAUUGGGUAUCACGUUACAGUAGGAACAUGAGGUGUCAUGAUGGCGGAACGAAAAAGGUUUGAGUCCUGUAAGACUUAGUGUCAGAGAACUGAAGAGAGGGAAUUUACAAUGGCACGGAGAAGGGCCAUAAAGGAAUUCGAGACCUGAUGCCAAACAACAGCUACAGUGCCUUGCAAAAGUAUUCACCCCAUGACCUUUUUACCUAUUUUGUUACAUUACAGCCUUAAGUUCAAUGUUUUAUUAAUCUGAAUUGUAUGUGAUGGAUCAGAACACAAUAGUCUAAGUUGGUGAAGUGAAAUUAGAAAAAUAUAUACAAAAAACUAUUUUUUAGAAAUAGAAAACAGAAAAUUGGCAUAUAUUCACCCCCUUUGUUAUGAAGCCCCAUAAAAAGCUCUGGUGCAACCAAUUACCUUCAGAAGUCACAUAAUUAGUGAAAUAAUGUCCACCUGUGUGCAAUCUAAGUGUCACAUGAUCUGUCAUUACAUAUACACACCUUUUUUGAAAGGCCCUAGAGGCUGCAUCACCUAAGCAAGAGGCACCACUAACCAACCACUGCCAUCAAGACAAAGGAACUCUCCAAACAAGUAAGGGACAAUGUUGUUGAGAAGUACAAGUCAGGGUUAGGUUAUAAAAAAAUAUCCAACUCUUUGAUGAUCUCCAGGAGCACCAUCAAAUCUACCAUAACCACAUGGAAAGUACAUGGCACAACAGCAAACCUGCCAGGAGAAGGCUGCCCACCGAAACUCACGGACCGAGCAAGGAUGGCAUUAAUCAGAGAGGCAGCACAGAGUCCUAAGGUAAUCCUGGAAAAGCUGCAGAGUUCCACAGCACAGACUGGAAUAUCUGUACAUAGGACGACAAUAAGCCGUACGCUCCAUAGAGUUGGGCUUUAUGGCAGAGUGGCCAGAAGAAAGCCAUUACUUUCAGCAAAAAACAAAAUGGCAAGUUUUGAGUUUGCGAAAAGGCAUGUAGGAGACUCCCAAAAUGUAUGGAGGAAGGUGCUCUGGUCUGAUGAGACUAAAAUUUAACUUUUCCGCCAUCAAAGAAAAAGCUUUGUCUGGCGCAAACCCAACACAUCACAUCACCCAAAGAACACCAUCCCCACAGUGAAACAUGAUGGUGGCAGCAUCAUGCCGUGGGGAUGUUUUUCAGCAGCCGGGACUGGGAAACUGAUCAGAGUUGAGGGAAAGAUGGAUGGUGCUAAAUACAGGGAUAUUCUUGAGCAAAACCUGUACCACUCUGUGCAUAAUUUGAGCCUAGUCAAAGCCCAGACCUCAAUCCAAUAGAAAAUCUGUGGUCAGACUUAAAGAUUGCUGUUCACAAGUGCAAACCAUUCAACUUGAAAGAGCUGGAGCAGUUUUGCAAGGAGUAGGCAAAAAUCCAAGUGGUAAGAUGUGGCAAGCUCAUAGAGACUUAUCCAAAGCGACUUUUAGCUGUGAUUGCCAGAAAAGGUGGCCCUACAAAGUAUUGACUUUAGGGGGGUGAAUAGUUAUGCACAUUGACUUUUUCUGUUAUUUUGUCCUAUUUGUUGUUCGCUUCACAAUAAAUAAUAAAAAAAAAACAUCUUCAAAGUUGUGGGCAUGUUCUGUAAAUUAAAUGAUUCAAAUCCUCAAACAAUCCAUAUUAAUUCCAGGAUGUGAGGCAACAAAACACGAAAAAUGCCAAGGGGGGUGAAUACGUUUGCAAGACACUGUAUACCAGGUAUGCCACACAACAAGGUAGCUGCAUCUUGUGCCUAGGGCCCACAAAUCACAGAGCAGGUCCUUAGGUGUUUGCAAUAGGUCUAAGACAUCUCAAUAACCCCUGAAAUAUUCCAGCCAACUAGUUGCAGUUUAUCUUGUAUCAUAGGAUGAUGGUUCCCUUUGGGAUUAGUGAUAAGAAGAGGAUAUACAGGAAUCGCCAGAGCCUCUAUGAUCAAUAAUUCCAAUACAUCUGUAACCAAAGGUUGGCUCUGCCAUAACUCUGCGUAUCAGUCACUCCUGGAGAAAGGAGUUGCAACUAUCUGGAUCCAAGGGCCAACUGAAGUAUCAUUGCACUUGUUAGUUUGUCCGCGACGUCAACAGGUAAUGGAUAUGAACUUUGUUCAGCUAAUGAAAAUUUUUUCUGUCCAACUUCCUAUUGCUGGCAUCACCACUGUAUCUAGAGAACCAGUCCUGACCGUUGUUCAUGUGCAACAGUAUACAACAAUUCGACAAAUCCUUUGCCAAGCUCCAAAUGGCAAAUGAGCCUGCAAUCAAUACAAGACAAUUGAUGUGUAAAUGACCUAAAACUUACCCAUGCUCCUCCUGUCAAGCAAUCUGUGCAAGUGGCUCCCCAGCCCCACAGUCUGCCAUUUGAAUACAGAAUAAAAUCUGGCUUUGGUCUAAAUAUUGCUCAACCAUUCUAAGUUUGCAUAUGAAGUAGCCACCACUUGACUUCUGCGUGUAUCUCCUGAGUCACUGAUAUAGACUAGUCAUAGGAAGGGUGUAUCCAGAGACAGCUUUCAGGCAUUGCAUUGCCCAAUAGUAAAGGGGACCUGGGAAGACCGCCUGGGUUGAUGAGGAGUCCUACUAUCCUGGUUAAGAGCCGUAGAAGAAUUGCCUUGUGAGCUAACACCCUUUGUAUUUGUUAAUGGAUUUUGAUCUUUUGGUGAGGCAAUUUUAGUAUGCAGGAAAGGAAGUCUAUUUUAAACCCUAUACAUUAUAUCAACUGUGUUGGAGACAGAGCUGAUUUGUAUGGAUGGAAUUCUUACUUGACCAGUAAAAUGUUGCUGAAGAAUCCUCUUCCGAAUCUGGAGCUUUUUGGAUAGCGCCUUUGCAGAACAAAAAGAAUAUUGCCUUUUUUUUAAUUAGUUGUUUGCUGAAGUCGAUUUGUCUGUAAGGGCAGCGGUUUCUGAUCCUGGAUCGGCGAUGAGUGGAACUCGAUUAUGUAGCCCUGGACUGUCUGAAAAAUCUAUGUGUCCAUAGAAAAGAGUAUCCAAUUCUGUAAGAAAAGGAAAACUUGACUUGCAGUUAGACUGGAAAUAAGGAUCUAAAACGAUAAGGCUUACCUGCUGGCAUACUUUGUCUCAGUAUAUCUAUUGACUGGCUGGAAAUUUCAGAUUUUAUCGUUAUGAAAUACAAAUUUUUCAAGGAGGUGACAGUGCCGCUUCAAGGAUCAAAUAAUUAAAGAAGCUUUGUCACUUCUGAGUAUUCUAAGAUAUUGUAAGACACACUAGGACAACCUUGGCUUAUGGGCAAGUCUGAGGUUGACAAGAGAUGACAAAAAGGAGUCACUUUGCAUUCAAGUUUUGUCAAAACCCAGAAGACAUCACAAGUGACAGCUGGAGGAAUCAGGCAUUAUUUGGUCGUUAUAAGAGGUGAUCUCACGGGAUUUUCUGUAGACCUCAGUGUUGUACUCUUAGAGUACAGUGUGUGAGAGUACAGGCUUCAUCUGCCAGGAGCUGGACAGUCCCCAGGAAGAAGAUGGCGUCAGCCACGUGGGACAGCUUUACAUUAGUGUACCUAGCUUCCUCUGCAGCCCCUCCAUAAACAGAGCUGUCACCUUUGGUUGUCUUUGCAAAAUAAACCCAUUCACAGCAUCUAUAACCCCUUAGCGACCUAGGACGGUUCAGGACCAUCAUCGGCAUUUUUGCGUUGCAGACCGAUGACGGUCCUGAACCAUCCUAACGGUCUCCGUUACUUACCUGAUCGCCGUCGUUCCCCCAGCGGCGAUCAGCGUGGCUCCCGGUGUGGGGAGACUGCCUCCAGCCCAGACAGUCUCCCCACACUGAAUUAGGACCCCUGUGGCCAUGUGAUCGCUUAACACAGCGAUCACAUGGUCACAAUAGGUGUCCUAGUGUCUGCCUGCAGGGGGACUGCCUGUGCUGACAGGCAGUCUCCCUGCUAGUGUAAAAUCAGAAAAAAAAAUAAAGUUAAUGUUAAUAAAAAAUAAAAAAAAUUAUAUAUGUGUAUAUAAAUAUGAUAUAUAGACAUAUAUUAUAUUUAUAUAAUAUAUGUCUAUAUAUCAUAUAUAUAAUGUCAUAUUAAGUGUAUUUUUAUAUUAAUAUGUACUUAUAUUAAUAUAAAAAUACACUUAUAAUUAAAUUACACACGUAUAUAUAUAAUAUAUAUAAUAACUAUAUAUAUUGUAUAUAUAUAUUAUUAUAAAAUAUAAAUAAUAAAGUAAUUUAAAUUAAAUAAAAAAAAUUUAAAUAAUAAUAAAAAAAUUAAAAAAAAUUAUAUCUAUAUGAAAUUUUAUUCUAACUGUAUUUUAAAAUUAAUAUAUAUAUAUUUAUAUCAAAAUACACUUAGAAUGAAUUUGUAUAUAUAUCUAUGUAUAUAAAAAUAAAUAAAAAUAAUAAGAAAUAUACAUAUGUCCAUAUACAAAAUUACAUAAAUAAUUAUAUAAAUAUACACGUAGACUUCAGAUAUAUAAAUAUGCAUAUAUAUUUAAAUUCUACGUGCGUAUUUAUGUAAUAGUUUUACAUAAUUCAGUAAUUUUAUUGAUUGCAAUUUAAGGGACCUGCCUGCCAACCCAGGCCGAAAUUCCAGAGAAUUGAAUUUGCUAGCACUGUAUUUUACCCUGUAACGUUCUACGACACCCUAAAACCUGUACAUGGGGGGUACUGUUUUACUCGGGAGACUUCGCUGAACACAAAUAUUAGUGAUUCAAAACAGUAAAACAUAUCACAGCGAUGAUAUUGUCAGUGAAAGUGACUUUUUUUGCAUUUUUCACACACAAACAGCACUUUUACUGAUGAUAUAAUUGUUGUGAUACGUUUUCCAGUUUUUAAACACUAAUAUUUGUGUUCAGCAAAGUCACCUGAGUAAAACAGUACCCCCCAUGUACAGGUUUUAUAGUAUUUUUGAAAGUUACAAGGUCAAAUAUAUGGGUCAAAUAUUUUUACAUUGAAAAUGGCCAGGUUGGUUACGUUGCCUUUGAGAGCGUAUGGUAGCCCAGGAAUGAGAAUUACCCCAUGAUGGCAUACCAUUUGCAAAAGAAGACAACCCAAGGUAUUGCAAAUGGGGUAUGUCCAGUCUUUUUUAGUAACCACUUGGUCACAAACACUGGCCAAAAUUAGCGUUCAAUUUAGUUUUUUUACUUUUUUCACACACAAACAAAUAUGAAUGCUUAGUUUGGCCAGUGUUUUCGACUAAGUGGCUACUAAAAAAGACUGGACAUACCCCAUAUUGAAUACCCUGGGUUGUCUACUUUAAAAAAAAUAUGUACAUGUGGGGUGUUAUUCAGAGAUUUAUGACAGAUAAUAGUGUUACAAUGUCACUAUUGAUAAAUUUAAAAAAUUUAUGUUUUGAAACCGCAAUAUUCUACUUGUACCUAUAGCCCUAUAACAUGCAAAAAAGCAUGUAAACACGGGGUAUUUUUAAACUCAGGACAAAAUUUUGAAUCUAUUUAGCAGUUUUUUUAAUUCGCUUUUGUAGAUGAGUAAAAGAUUUUUCAAGUAAAAGUCAAAAAACAUGUAUUUUUUUCAAUUUUUCAUCAUAUUUUUUUAUUUUUUUUUAAUUAAAAUACAUGAGAUUAUAUAAAUAAUGGUAUGUAAAGAAAGCCCCUUUUGUCCUGAAAAAACAAUAUAUAAUUUGUAUGGGAACAGUAAAUGAGAGAGCGGAAAAUUCCAGCCAAACACAAACACCACAAAAGUGUAAAAAUAUGCCUGGUCGCAAAUGUACAACAUCGCAAAAACAGUCCAGUCCUUAAGGGGAUAAUAUUAUUAGAAUGUCUUAUUUAUAAAGUAACACCAAACAGUGCAGUGUUUUUUUUUUAAAUCAAUGGGCCUAUUUUAUGGGCAUGGGCCUGGUGCUGCAUAUCCACCAUAUCCUAUGUUAAUCCAGCACAGGAAGGACCCCGAGUCCAUAACAGGGCCAGAUAAGUCAAACCAUGUGUAAACGGUUUGUUAACUCUCUGUGGGAUACAUCAUGUGACUCCUGGCACCCUAACCACUAUAACACACUGCAGAGGUCAUAGUUCUUCCCUUUAAAAUAUAGUAUUAACAGCACUUUUAUAAAAAAAAUGUAUACAAGAUGGGUUUUGAGGUAAAUUGAGAUUGAUGGUAAAUAAUCAGCAAUUGUUUGGGGAUAUUCAAUUUGCAUUUGUCUCAAUCAUUCCUAGGGUAGAAUUUAAAGAACAUGAGCAAUCAUACGAUGUUGCAGUAAUAAUAACAUUAGACUCUAAAAAAAAAAUGUGUUUCAAAUUGGCUAUGCACACAAUCUGUGAUGAUUUCGGUUGGUUAUUUUUUCCACUUGGUUUUUAAUUUGGAGAUUUAGAGACUCUUCUCUUAGCAAUAUUAUUUAGGAACUCAAUUUGGGGAAACAUUCAAAUUUAUUUAGCAGUGCAAGGAUUAGGUUUUUUUUUUUUCCAAGCUGGCCCUAACUCCUAUGUAGAAAAUAUCACAUCAGUAAUUAGAAAUCCCUUUCAUGUAGCUGUGUUUAACAUAUGCUAUGUCUGCACAUAUCCCUCUCUUUUCUAUCCAGGGAAAAGAGCCCUGCAGAUCUAUAAACUCAUCAGUGAAAUGCCAUAUUCAUAAAAAUUCAAUUUUUUUCUUCAAAAACGUGAAAUGGAUAGCCUGCAGCUCCUAAUGUUACGAUGCAAUAAUGUAAUACUAUGAUGAACAAAUUGUAUACAUUGCUGAUUGAUGUUUAAUGAAACUAAAGACUGGAUAUGCAAAACAAAGAUUAUCAUUUUGAUUUUAUAUAUUUUUAGAAACAAUCAAUACAAAAUCAUGCUAGCUCUGUAGAUAGGUCCACUGACUAGCACUAGCAGACCUUUAUCAAUAUAAACACACACAUGGUACCAUGUGUAAAACAGAAACACACAGUCCUGGGGAUCAAAGAUGCACCGCUGAUGGCUUUUGCAAUAACUAAUGCACCCUGCUGCCUCCCCCCACACAGAUGUGUCUGUAUUAGCUACUCUGUAUAGCUCAGCUCCCCCUCCUCCUGCAUCAGCCCCAGCACUGACUGAUUCUGCUGGAAAACACAGAGCAGGCAUAGGAGAAGCCCUGCUGGAAUAGCUGCAGCUACUAAGCUAGGAGGCAUCCAUUUACAAACAACAUGGAAUGGGUGCAUUAGGACGAAGACAUGCAUCCCCCAUGGUCCUUGCUGUGAUGUCUGUGCUGGGAUGCUGCUCCAGUGAUGCUCCUAUUUGUGUCUUGCUGCACUUGCUUUGCAGCUAAUGAUUAAUUGCACUGCUCUGGGGCCUCUACUGCGCAUGCUGCAGGUAGAGACAGUGCUCCUCCAUCUUAUGCUUCCUGCAAAUGCAGUUACCAGGACACAUCCUUUGGAAAAAAAAAUAAAAAAUAAAAGGAAGAAGUCUGGGCAGCUUAUUUAUUUGAUGUCCAUCUGCCUGACUCUGAAGAUUGGAAUCUGAUAACAGUAUCCACAGAACAAAAAGGAAAGACAAACAAUGCAAGGCUAUAGGCAGCCUGGAACACUGUGAUUCUUCUUUCUGGGACAUUUCCUCCAUCAUGCAUGGUUAAAGGGACAUUAGCAUUUGCAUAUUGCUUUUAAAAUGGAUGUUUAUUUAUGUAAACAGUGCAUCUGAAGACAAGCUGUGUUCUGUGAGCAGUUAACCAGUGGGUAAGUGAUGUAAUCCUAUCCCUUCUACUGCAUUACGUUUGUAAAUAUGUUUAGUUUUUUAAAUCUUAUGCUUUGCUGUGACGCCUUUCUAGGGACUUUAAUUUUUGGUUUAGGGUAUGGCAAUGCUGGCUAAUUGAUGUAGUCAGGCAAUAGCUGCAAGAUACAGCAAGAGGGAGGAGGCUAAAACCCUCCAGGCAGCUACUGUUGUGAUUCACGAGGAACUCAAUAAAGUUUUAUGGAUUUGAAUAUCUGCCGCAGGGUGUGCUGUGAGUUGUAGUCCUCCGUUUUGUACUCGACUACAAGGCGUGAUGUCACUCUGCUGUAAGCUCUGGGAUGAAAUACUGUAUCCAUGAGCUCAGGCUUUUUACAUUGCAGCAGUAUAAACAAUGUUUAUUGAUGUAAUUUGUUUAUUACAAUUUUGGGUACAAAAACAAACAAACAAACAAACAAAAUAGUUAUUUGUUUUAUAAAAUGUAACAACAUGCUAGAAGAAAGAUUAUGCACCCUAUUGUUUUUUAAUUUAUGGUCUAGUGAAGAGGCAGGCUUUAAUAUAUGUAGCAUUAAAUCAUAUAAAUAAUUGAGUAUUGUCUCAAAUUAAUAAUGACAUUACAUCAAUAGCAUGUGGUGAAAUCCUAUGCAUACUGAAAGGCUUCUUCAGCCAGAGGACCACUACUAUAAACCCUACCUGUUUUGAAGUUCAUCUAGUGGUUUCUAUUAAACCAUACUGCAAUCAUUCUUUGAUGUGUAGCGUUGCAGAUAACUCACUCUACAUUAUUGGUGAGCUUGGAAUGUUGGUAAGGCUUGGAAUGCUAAAUGUUGACAUUGUUACAAAAUUGAUCUAGUAUUUUGACAUCUCAAUGAGAACUGUUUGGAUGGAUAACCAAUAUGGAGGAACAGGAUACAUACAUAUCCUAUACCAGCAAAAAAGUGGCAUAUUCAUGCAUAUUGUCAUGCGUUUUUAGACAUUCUAUUAGAUGACCCCUAGCCCACGGUGUGUGUAUUUGUCACGAUGGGAUCUUGAAGAUUGAAAAUCGUUUACUUGCCCAUUGUUUCUAUUCUAAAAUAUAUUAAAAUAACACUCUAAUCUCUUUUAGAAGGUAAUUGAGUGUCCACUUUUUCUUACCUUAUAAAAGUGCCUAUUUUAAGAGAAAUAUACACUUUUAUAAAGCAUUUAUCUUUCGUAAUCCAGACUGUGAGGGUGUCCUUCCUGACUUAUUUCAAGCACUUACUCAAAGAUGGUUUGAGGAUUCUGAUAGAGAGGCAUUGGGUGCAGUACUUCUUUAUUAUGAGAAGCAUUGGGUUGACCAUAGAGAUCCUCCCUGAAGAUGAUCUCACAGAACAGAGGGGAUUUGUGGCAAAGAGAUCUGGAUUAAAGGUAAGUUACUUUUUUUAUUUUGUAGGAAAGAGGGACAAGAAAUCUAAAUAUGCAACCUUUCUGGAAUUAUAUAUAAAUGUAUUUUUUUAUAUUGCUACAGUGUUCCUUUAACCCCUUAAGGACACAUGACAUGUGUGACAUGUCAUUAUUACCUUUUAUUCCAGAAGUUAAGUCCUUAAGGGGCUAAAGGGGUACUUUGAGCACCAUAGCCACUAUUAUACACUAUUAGUUAUUUAAGCAGACAAACAAGUUUAGCUUAAUGAAACAAUUUUGGUGUAUACUGUAUAGAUUAUGCCCAAGUUGUCUUACUAUGCAAUUCCCUGCCAGUUAGGAGUUAAAUCAAUUUUGCAUCUGUUUAUGCAGCCCUAACCACACAUUCCCUGACUGUGACUCAUAUGCAUACAUUAUCAGUGAAAAAAAAUGGUUUUGUAUUCAAUCUCAUAUUACUGCACAGUGUGUUUACAUUAGAAGUUAUCUCCUGCUCUGUUAAUUGAACCUUAAUCACACACACAAACAAUGAUGUUGCAGGCUCUAACGGGCUAUCAACAGAGAUUAAAAAAAGGGACGUUUUAGCCGCGAGGCAAACAAGGCAUUUGCCUUGGGCGGCAUUUUCCAGGGGGCGGCAAAAAACGCCACCCCCAAAUGCCCAGGGCAAAUGUCUUGUUAGCCUUGUUAGCUAACUAAGCUGGGCUGGGCGGGCGGCACUGGCGGGCAGCGAGCGGCUGGCGAGGGAGCCUAGGGCAGCACAAAACCAGGAUACACCACUGACCGAAAUAAAAAAUUCUGGACUGAAACCGAAAAUUCGGGAUGCCCUUGGCUGGAAACCAAAACUGAAAAUGACUUUUUUCCCCCAAAUGAUUUGUGUAGGACCUAGAGCGUGACUGGUGACAGUGACUGAGGGAGGCGGUGACAGAGUGACAGUGACUGAGGGAGGGGGUGACUGGUGACAGUGACUAAGGGAGGGAGUGACAGAGUGAGGGAGGGGGUGACUGGUGGCACAGUGAAUGAGGGAGCGGGUGACUGGUGACAGUGACUGAGGGAGGGGGUGACUGGUGACGGUGCCUUGUGGCUUUCGGCCCAGAAUUUUCUUUUCAGUGCAUCCCUACUUUCUUAUCUUAGGUUAUGUAGUGUGUGUAGGGAAUAUAGUGAGGUGUGGGAAAGGGAUGUAGUGUGUAUGUGUGUAGGUUUUAUAGUGUGUGUAGGGAACAUGGCGUGGUGCAGUAUAGAGAUGUAGUGUGUAGGUUAUUUAAUGUGUAUGGAACAUGGUGUGGUGUGGGAUAGGGAUGUAGUUUGUAUGUUUCUAGGUUAUGUAGAGUGUGUAAGGCACAUAGUGUGGAGUGGGCUAGGGAUGUAGUGUGUGUAAGGCACAUAGUGUGGGGUGUGAUAAGGAUGUAGGGCACAUCGAGUGGGGUGGCAGGGAUGUAGUAUGGGUAGGACACAUAGUGUGGGGUGGGGUAGGAAUGGCAUAGUGAGGGGGUGACAGGUGGCAGAUUGAGGGGGUGGCAGUGAGGGAGUAACAGGUGACAGAGUGACGGGAUACCAGGUGGCAGAGUGAUGGGGUGGUAGUGAGGGAGGGGGUGACUGGUGGCAGAGUGAGAGGGUGACAUAGUAAGGGAGGUGGUGCCUAGUGGCAGAAUGUGGGAGGGAGUGGGUGACUGGUGACAGAGUGAGGAAGUGAGGAGGUGACUGGUGGCAGAGUGAGGGAGGAAGGGGGUGACUGGUGACAGAGUGAGGGGUGACUGGUGACAGAGUGAGGGAGUGACUGGUGUUAGAGUGAGGGAGGAAGGGGGUGACUGGUGACAGACUGAGGGGUGACUGGUGACAGAGUGAGGGAGGGAGUGACUGGUGUCAGAGUGAGGGAGGGAGAGGGUGACUGGUGACAGAGUGAAGGAUGGAGUGACAGAGUGACUGAGAGAAGGGGUGACAGAGUCAUGGAGGGAGUGACUGGUGACAGUGACUGAGUGAGGGAGGGAGUUACUAGUGACAGUGACUGGGGCAGAGUGCCUGAGGGAGGGGGUGACAGAGUGACAGUGACUGAGGGAGGGGGUGACUGGUGACAGUGACUAAGGGAGAGGGUGACAAAGUGACUGAGGGUGACGGUGACUGGUGACAGUGACUGAGGAGGGGGUGACUGAGUGAGAAGGGGGUGACUAGUGACAGUGACUGAGGGAGGGGGUCACUGGUGGCAAAGUGACUGAGGGAGAGGGUGACUGGUGAAAGUGACUGAGGGAAAGGAAAUACCUUUUUUUUUUUUCAUUGCCUGGUGGUCCAGUAUCCUGGCUCCCUGGUGGUUCAGUGGUCUGUCUCUCCAGUCUUCAGCUCCACCAGGUGUGAGCUGCAGACUGUGCUAUAUCUUGCGAUAUCCAGAAGUCAGAGUGCUGCCGUGGUAACCCGCAGCAAUGUUCUGAUUGGCCAGAGAUCACGAGAUACAGGACAGUCUGCAGUUCACACCCAGCUAAGCUGAGUUUGUGUGUCUGUACUGCAGACUGUACUGGCUCUCUCCCCGGGCAGACGGGAGGGGCCUUGCACCCGGCUGCACACGGGGCAAGCCGUCAGCCCCCUGCCAAUGCCAAGUCGGGACCGAGGACCUGACAAAUCACUCUGCUCUAAGGCACUCUGCUACUAGCCUACAGCAGGGCUGAAAAGAUAAAACUACCUGCCCGGAACUGCAUGUCCCGGGCGUUAGACGAUAGUAAUUGUGCAUCCCUGGUAAUUUUCAGCACAUUUGAGCCUGUUUUCGGACGAAAUGGGAUGGACCUAUUUUCGGACGAAAUGGGAUGGACCCAUUUUCGGACGAAAUGGGAUGGACCCAUUUUCGGACGAAAUGGGAUAGACCCAUUUUCGGACUAAAUUUCGGUGCAUCCCUUUAAGAAAGUCUAAGUUAAAGAUGCUGUACAAUAAAGAACGUUUGACAACUAGAUAUAUUUUUACAUGAAGUGUGUAAGGAACCUGUGCAAGUCACAGUUUGGGGAGGCGUGGCAAGGGCUGUAUAAACAGAGUAUUUAACUCUUAAAAGGCAGAGAAUUCAACAGUGAGAAUACAGAGGCAUGAUCUAUACACCAAAACUGCUUCAUUAAACUAAAUUUGCUUUGGUGGUUAGAGUGCCCUUUUAAUUUACUAGUUGAGAAUGUCAGCUGAUACUUUCAGUCAACGAAUGAUGUGCAAUGUUGGACAAAAUUGAUAUUGCUAAGGUAAUAUGGGAACUUUUGCAGUAUCGCAGAAGAUUGGAAAUAGUACAGAGGGUAUCCAGGUAUUUGUCAAACUGUUCUAAAAUGGUUUCACUCAUUACUAUAGGACAGUGCCAGAGUAAAAGAGUAGUCAUGGGUCAAAACUCCAUCUAAUAAAGGUGGUAAUAGUACUUUGGCUUUAUGGGAUUCUCAUGAGAAAUUAGUUUUUCCAUCAAAAUAUAAUUGCGUGAAGUUUUCAUUGACUUUGAGUUGCAGAUAGAGCUUAUUAGUAAAGUGCAAAUGGUAAUAGCACUGUAAGGAUCAGGUCAUUUAAAGUGCAGACUCUUGAUUCAUACUAGUAAAAAAAAAGAGAGAAAAGGCACAGAAUAUAGAUAAUAGUGAACACCAUAGUAAAAGUGCUAAAAACACAAGAAUAGGUAAUCAGGCCAAGUGGUAGAGGGAGUAAAAGUACCCAAAUACACGGUAGUUAAAAACCAUAAUUCUUAGUAAAUAGCUCUAAAACUGGAAAGAGAGUCACCAAUCCUCUCUGGGUAAUAAAUAUGCAAAUGUCACUUAUAUGAAUAAGAUGAGGAGGUUCCAGGAGCUAUAGUAAAACACAAUACAAAAACAAUAAAGAUAAAAUACAUACAAAUUUAUGAAAUCUAUAAUAUAUGAGAUCUAGCUCAAAAUCAUGUGUUCUCAAAAAUGAUAAGUAAAAUAGUCCAAAUGUCCACAGAAAAGUCACAUACAAAAGUUACUAAUGAGGGAAUCUAACAAAAUAAAAUUAGUCCACUGAAUGUAGCAUAUGGGUAAACACACUAAGCUAUGUAUAUGAGAAAUGCACAGCAGUGUGGUCCAUAUGACAAUAUGAUAUUAUUUACUGAAAGGCAAAUAAAAUAUAAUGAAAUAAAUAGAGACCAGAAAGCAACACAGUACUAAAUCAAAUGUGUGCAGAAAAACCAUACUGGGGAACAUGAAAAGGAGAGAGGUGCUCCUUAAAAAAUCCAAACAGCUUUAAUGAGUCAGUGAUAAAAUCAGAAUAAAUAAAAACUCACCUUGCUGACUCUGCCCCUAAUCUACUUUCUUGGCUGACAUAAUCAGAAUCUCAGCCAAUCACAAUAUGGAUAGGGAUGAUAUCAGCCAAGGAUCUGGGGCCUCCUUGAAUAAAUGCAUUUCUAUGAUGAAAGUUCAAUGUCCCCAUUCAGAGCAUGGAGAUGCUGAACGGCAGUGCAGCACUGACCCAGGAAGCACCUCUAGUUGCCGUCUGAGGAGUGGCCACUGGAGAUGUCCCUAGGCUGUAAUGUUAACAUUGCCAUUUCUCUGAAAAGUGUUUGCAGCAAAAAGACUGCAGGGACUGACUGUACUCACCAAAACAACUCCAUUAAGCUGUAAUUGUUCUGGUGACUAUAGUGUCCCUUUAAAUAAGGAAAAGAUUUCUUCAGAAUAAUAAAAAUACAUGAUUCAUGACAGAGUCAAAACAAGUAAAGGGAACGGAGAUGUUCCAACAAAGCACUGUCACUCACAAUACAAUGCUCCUCUAUGAGGAGCAUUGGAUUAGAACAUUGGUGGUUUGUAUUUCUAACGUUAUUGUGUUCCUUUAAUAAUUAUCAGUAUUAUAUUACCAUCGCCAGGUGAGCAUAGGUAGUCAAGAUCCCCAUAACUGCCCACACAUUUGUGUAUAACCUUUCCUGUAGAAGCCAAAAAGGGCAAAAUAUUCAACUUUUUGAAAGGAAAAUGACACAAACAGUAUAGUACACAAGUAUUUUAUUUCUGUGUAAAUAAUGCAGAUAGAUACAUUCUCUGACAGCUGUCAGGAAACAAGUUACACUGUACUAGUUAAAUCUGAUCUGUAUAUCACAGGGGUGGCAGUAAGAGAAAGAGUGCCACUGCAGAGAUACAUGCUCUUGUGCCCCAUUCAGACUGCAAAACCCAAGGUAACUGAUCUCAAUAUACAGUUUUAAGAGAACAUAUAUCUUGACGAGACGUUCACUUCCAUGUAUGAUGUCCUUUGUUGGUCCCUAGACCAGUGGUUCUCCCCAAGGUCCUCAAGGUAGACCAAUGGUUUGGCUGAUAUCCCUAUAGGAACAGAAUUAGAGAAUGUCUAAAUCCUGGGCUGAAUAGUGAAAAUUUAGAAUGCAAACUAAAAGUGCUUUAAAGUUCAGGCCUUAUGCUAUUAGCCAGGUUUGAAAGUUACUAGCCACCGCAAGUCUGCAAGGUUCAUGGAAUACACACCAGGGGUGAAUUUCUACUCACCAAGGCUACAUUUUCACUAGCCAAUGGCUAGUGUUGGGUGGAAAUUAAUUUAUUCAAUUAAUAACAUAUUCUAGUUGUCAGAUACUCGGGAGUGUAUGUUUUUGGGAUAACCAGUUGGUGAUAUUGAUGGUUGAAUCAUGAAUCAUGGACAUGUAAUUCUCUUGUGCAUUGGUACUCCCCAUUUUUGGACCAAGGCAUGCUUAAAUUAAAAAACUAUUUUUCAAGACAUAACUGCUUUUUUUUGCCUACCUCAACAGAUUAUACUAUCACAUUUAACCAGGGCAGGACAGGAAAAAUAAUUUGGCCCAGGCAUUUUUAAAAUCUAAGUGGCCCAGUGAGAAGGGGGCCAUAUAGGGUGGUGUUUUGUCGUCACCAGUGACAAGCAUGCCAACUUUCAAAGUGAGCAUUUUGAUUCUUCCUGGGCAGCCCAUGUGCAUGACUGAUGAAUAGCUCUUCCAACCGAAAAAGGCCCUGUAUUUGUUCUACGCAGCACAAGCAAAUGUAAUGAUACACUUGUAACUUUUCCCUGGUGUCUCCAUAAGUGACAUACCAGAGGACAAAAGGGCCAGGAAAGUGUAUUGUGAAUGUGUUUGGAGGCUGCUUGUGGGACUGUGUGUGUGUGUGUGUGUACAGUGAGCUGAUUGUGGUGUGGUAUUUUAUGUUAAUAGGUUGGUUUCAGUUGGGUUUUGUUUGUGGUGUAAAAUGUGUGUCUUGACCCUGUAGAGAGUGAGAGUGUGUUUGUAUAGGAAGCCUAAUGUAUAGGGGAUGUAGCGAAUGUGUUCAUAGAGACUUUAGUGUAUGCGUCUAUAGGUAAUGUAGUGUCUAUGUUUGCAUUCAGUGUGGGUGGCAAUGUGUGUAGGGAUGCAGUAUGUGUGUGGGUUGCAGUGUGUGAGGGUUGCAAUGUGUGUGUGUGAGGGGUAAAAUGUUUGCGUGAGGGGUGCAGUAUCUGUGUUAGGGGUGCAGAGUGGGUGAGGGGUACAAUGUGUGUGUGAGAGGUGCAGUGUGUGCAUGUGUGAGGGCUAUAAUGUGUGCUGGGGGUCUAGUGUGUGUGUGAGCGGUGCAGAAUGUGAAUGUGUGUUUGGAGAUGAUGUGGCAGGGGGGCAGAUGUUUUUUAAUUCAAAAAAAUAAUAAACUUUACAUCUCCUUUCCCUUCUUAUCUUUGCCCAGGGAGGGGAAACAUUCUAAAUUCUGGUGGUGAGGGAACACUCGCGAGGUCAGAGAAUUGCAGGGGUUGCCAUGGGAACGCUCCGACCUUGUAAGAGUUUAUUUUUCAGGAUUGGGCGGAGCUGUAGGUUAGAACCCCCAGAUCCUACUCUUUGGAUUUUAGAGUUAGUGGGCUGGUAAGUGGCCUCAUGGCACACAGCAGGGCCGUCUCUUGGACAGAGCUAGUGUCACGAUUACUAUAUAACCCAACAUUCAGAACUAUGUAAUACACAAUGAACAAGGAUAAUGUAAACCGGGCCUUAGAAUGGCCGGACUUAACGUAAUAAAGAAUGGUCAAAAUACUAGCCGAGGUCAGGGACACAGAAAGUGACACAACGAGGAAACAAGUCAAAAGCCAAAACUCAAGGAUACCAGAAAUACAGGAAAGUCAAAAUACAAGCCAAAGUCAAAUACCAAAAAGAACUACAAUAGGAACGCACUCUCUGUUAACCAACUAGUGAAUACCACGACAGGGCACUGACCAAAUGUUAUUUUGAGUUUAAAUAACCCUCCUAAGGGUUAUUGGUUGUAUAUAACCUUUGACCCCAAAACUUGCGUGCGCAUCGUUUGCAUAACGUCACACUCAAGUCGGCACCAUCUUUGUUGAGGACGGAGGCGGGUCUACAUUGUUUCAUGGGACCGCAGCGGCCUGCGUUCAUUAGAAUGCCCCACCGGUCGGGGAUCGCUACACGAAGGGGGCUGAAUGGCAAGCUGACUUGCCUUAGAUAAGUUUUUUAUUAUUUUUACAGUGUGAAAGCAGCGAUCGGAUGCGGCCACGCUGUAUGGAGGUGAGGGGGACGUGACAGCUAGCCCAUUAAGUUUGUCUUUCCUAAGAACAUGACAUAAGUUAGUGUCCCCAGACAGAUGAGCUAUGAACAGUGUUCAAAGUGAGCACUACUACUAGCCAUUUAAAUACUACAGCUGAGCAAUAUCGCCCAGCCUCUCUAUUAUUUCACUCACCAUUCUCCAGGGCAAAAAAAAAAGGAUCUGACUGACAGGAGAGCUAUGAGUGUCACUGUCCACCCCCACAGCCUCACACUGAUCCCUCUAAAGUUUCAGGGAGACCCUGGGGAGGUCUCCCUGCUUGCCCACUGCAGCACUAUCAAUGCUGGCUCUGCAGAGGGAAUGCCUUGAGAGGUGGAUUAGGAAUGGGAUUAUAGGUAGGAUUAUGAGUAAAAAUAUGAGUUAUAAUCCUUAGAGGUUGGAUUAGGAGUUGGUUUAAGGUUUGAAUUAGGGGUUGGAUUAUGAGUUGGAUUAAAGGUUGUAGUAGGGGUUGGAUUAGGGAAAAAUUUAUACAUUGUUGUACUUGAGAAGAGUAGCAGAAUAUAAAUAUGCAGUGUUUGCAGUAGUGGGACACACUACUUUUGAUUAUAGUCCGAAAUAAUAAACAUGUACUAAUUUGGCUUUGUGAUUAAAAGGUUAAAUGAAAAGUGUCAAAAUUCUCUUAAUUACAUGGCCUGGGGUGUACCUUCUACUAGGGAUCGACCGAUAUUGGGUUUUUUAGAGCCGAUACCGAUAAACUGUGAACUUUCAAGCCGAUAGCCGAUAAUUUGCCAAUAUUUUGUACAUUUACCAUUUUGAAAAAAUAAACUAUUUCUAGGUAAAUGCGCAAAAUAUACAUGCCACAUGUAGUGAAUGCAGUGUAUUAGACAGGGGAGCUGUGUGUGUGUGUAGUGCAUGCAGUGUGUGUUUGUGUAGUGUGUAUAUAAUGAAUGCAGGGUGUGUUUGUGUAGUGUGUCUAGUGAAUGCAGUGAGUGUGUAUAGUGAGUGUGUAGUGUGUAGUCUGUAUAGUGAAUGCAGUGAGUGUUUGCGUAGUGUGCGUUUUGUGAAUGUAGUGUGUAGUGUGUGUGUGUGUGUAUAGUGAAUGUAGUGUGCAUAAAGUGAAUGCAGUGUGUGUAUAGUGAAUGCAGUGUGUUUGUGUAGUGUGUGUAUAUAAUGCAGAGUGUGUGUAUAUAAUGCAGUGUUUGUGUAGUGUGUUUAUAUAAUGCAGAGUGUGUGUUUGUGUAGUGUGUGUAUAUAAUGCAGAGUGUGUGUGUGUUUGUGUAGUGUGUAUAUAUAAUGCAGAGUGUGUGUAGUGUGUGUAUAUAAUGCGUAGUGUGUGUAUAUAAUGCAGAGUGUGUGUGUGUUUGUGUAGUGUCUGUAUAUAAUGCAGAGUGUGUGUGUGUGUGUGUUUGUGUUUAUAUAGUGAAUGCAGUGUAUGUGUGUUUGUAUAGUGUGUGUUUGUAUAGUGUGUGUGUUUGUAUAAUGUGUGUGUUUGUGAAGGCAUGUUUUUUUUAUUUUUAUAUUUAUAUGUUUUAUUUAAAUUUUUUGUCCCCCCUCCCUGCUUGUUACCUGGCCAGGGAGGGGACUAUGGCAUUCCCUAGUGGUCCAGUGGCAUGGACUUUGCAGUGGGGGGCAGCAGCAAGCUGUUACUUACCUCCCAGCAGCUCCCAGUGUAAAUCUCGCGGCUUGCGUGCCGUGCGGAGCAUUACCGUGGGACGGCCGCGAGACUCGCGAGAUUUACCCUUGGAGCUGAAGAGAGAUGCUGGGAGGUAAGUAACAGCUUGCUGCUGGGCCCCCCCAGGACUGCCGGGCUUGUAAUGGGCCCGGCGGUCCUGGUAUGUAUUAUCGGCAAUAUCGGUAUCUCUAUUGGCCAAUACCGGUAUUGCCGAAAAUAACGAAUAUCGGCCGAUAAUAUCGGUAAAACCGAUAAUCGGUCGAUCCCUACUUUCUACAAAUAUAUACAUGUAGUGGUUUUUGGAUUCUGUGACUACUAUUUAACGUGUAAUUUCAGUUUUCCAAAUUUUGCAACAUUUUAGCUUUAAAACCAUAAUUUACUCCUUGCAGCAUUCAUUUUAUAACUUCUAAACAUUAAUUUAAAUCCUAGGCAUAUUGGGCAUUUUAGCAAUCAGGACUAAUUGGUGAAUCUAUUUCGUUCAUUUUCUUUAUUUGAACUUGGUUUGUAGAAAUUAUUGCAUAUGAAACUGAGAAUUUUUUUUAGUUUUUUCUAUUUUUGUUUCCCAUUUUUCUUGGGUGGUGCGGACAGCCCCAGUGCUCAGUAGAUAGAUUGGGCGUUCAGUGCUUGCUCUGCCCUAGACCCAUUCCCAUAUUGUUAGACUCCACCCCCUAACAAAAUUAGAGGAGCGGGAUCAACCGGAGGGGGCAGUGCUUUUUGCUGAACAACCCACCUAUCGACACCUGGGCGAACAUUACUGUUAAUAUGCAAACAUUAUUAUGUCACUUGAACUUAGAAAUAAAAUCAGAUUUGCGUGUAGUUUGAGAGCAAGAUUUUAAACUACUUUGUUAAUCAUUAUCAACAAAGGAGUUCACAGCAUACCAAAACAGUUAUACAUGUGGGCUUUACAUGUUGGAAUGGUUAACCAGAUUACUCUUUUUCCUGAUGUCAUCUGCUUUUAUAAGCUGCUAUUAAAACUAAAAUAUGAGCAAUUGUACGCUAAUUAAAGAUGUUUUAUGAUAACCUUUCACAAAGACGACUUUAAAAGCGUGUAAUAAAAUAUUAAUUGUGUGUGUUUUAUCUAUGACCUGAAAUAACUGUACAUAAACAUAUUCCUAGGUUUAGCACAAAACAUAUUAUAGUCAUACUAAUACAACUUAUGUCUUAUAUUAUACAUGAAAAGUAACAGAUAUUUAACAACAAUGAAAUGUAGAACACUUCUCCCAAUUAGAAGCAGCAGCUCAUCAGCCUAAAUCUGUCUUUCCAGAGAUAUCGCAUAUACAAUAAAACAAGAAAGUGAAACAUGCAAUCUUUAAAAAAAAAAAAAAAAGGGGGUGGGUGGGUUAAUGCCAGAGAUGCAUUUUACAUUGACGAUGAUGCAUUCAAGCAUCAAAGGGGGUGUGUCAUCCCAUGUCAAAAUGUGUCAAGAUGUCACAGCCAGGCUAUAGAAGUGCUUGCGUAGAGCAUUAAGACUUUAUACAAACUGCUUCUGCAAACUGAAUCUUUACCAGAGAUCAAUGGCUACAAUUUGUUUCUUUGUAACAGCAAUGUUUACAUCAUUAUCAAUAAAAAAAAAUUAGACAUGUACAGUAGCUUGACUAUCCUCUAAUGUUAUUACUUACAAAUUGUGCCUUGCUAGUAGUAUCUUGUACGGAUUGUUGUUGAUGUGCUUGUCAUGGCUAUUGUGGCCUCACAAGCUUGUCUGUUAUCUUUGCACAACAAAAAUUAAAAAUGAUUAAAAAAAAUAAAACAAAAAAAACUUUCAUUCUCUUUCUUCAGACAUCUUCAAUGAUUAUCAUAAUAUAGCUGCAGUAUCAUUUUCAUGUUAAUAUGGUCAAUGCGUAAUAAUUGUAUCAGAGCAAAAUACAAAUAAGAGUAACACACAGAACCUGAAGGAGCUAACUAGUUUAAAGCUUAACCUAUAACAACGUGCAUUUCAAAAUUGGGGGGGGGGGGGGGGGGGGAACGAUAUUGGGAUCAUAUUGCAAUGACUGCAUUUCUAAAUACAUAACUAAAUACAUCAUAACAGGUAAUUUAACUUCAGUAGGAGUAUUGCAGGUUCAUGUGAUCCCUACCUUUUUACACGUGGUCUACACUAAAAGUUACUUUAUUCUUUUUUUUUUUUUUUAAACAUUCUUUAUUUUAAUUUUUGCUUAGAUUACAUAUAUUGCUUGAAGAUGGUGGGAAUACACAGUUAAAACAGUUCGAUACAGAAAAAAAAGGGGAAACGGGUAAUAAAGAACAAAGAUAUCGUUAGUAGAGUCAUAUAACAGGGUAGUUGCAUUAUGUGUACAUCUUACCAUAAGCAGUAAGCAGAUGAUAGAGUUAAAUUAUAUAAAUACGGGACUAGUAAUUACAACAGUUGGGAACAUGCUAUUGUAGGGUAUGGUGAACAUCGUCAAAAGUGUGGUUGCAUGACACGCACAGGACCUCCUGUCUCAGAUUAGGGCAUAUUCAGUUCCAUUCACCUUGUACUUGUGAUAUCUGCUUUAGGGUUUCACUUAAGGCUCUUAGCGAGCCUACAGUGUCCCAUACUUAGGUGCUUAUUCUUUACCCCAAAGGUAAAGGGUUAGAGUUGGUGACCCGUCGAGGUCAUGGCGGCUGGGUCGCACAUUGCAGGGAAUGGAGUGAGGUGUGGUUGAAGAGAAUUCAAUUCUUUAAUCUGUUUAAUCUGUCCAUGAGCAGUUUCGUGAAGAGUUUAAUGUUAUCGUUCAAUAGGGAAAUUUUUUGUUAAUGGCUCGGCUCUGUGUGGGGUUUAUUAGGUUUAGGGAGGAGGCAGAUGUUCACCCAAAGCAUGUCUGGAGGCAAAGGGUUCCCCUGAAGCAUGGAAUUUAAAAGAUUGCAAAGGCGGGGGGGGUAGUGGUGCGGGAAAGGUUUUGUAAUAUAACCAUGCAAAUCCGUCCGGUCCCAGGCUCUUGUUGGGUUUGGUAGUUAUGAUGGUUUCAGCUAUAUUUUCUAUAGAGGUGGGUUCGCUCAGCUUAGUGAUUGCCUCUGGCUUUAUGGCCAAUAUGGGGUUGGCAUGAAGAUAUUCCUCUAUGGAUUGUAGUGUCGUCGCUGGUUGUUGUCUAGAGGUGGGACUAUGGUCAUAUAGGGUGGCAAAGUAGUUCUGGAAAUUUCACAGAUUUUCAUGGGAAGAGUGUGAGUUUGUCUGUCUGGGGCCUGUAUUUUGUUAAUGCGUUUCUGGUCGUUCCCGCGCUUCAGUUUCCUUGCCAGUAGGGUAUCAGCCUUGUUUGACUUUUCGUAAUAUGUCUGCUUUGACCAUUGGAGAGCUCUCGCUGAGUACCUGGCCAUGAAGUCCUUUAUUUUGUUGCGGCAGUCAGUCAAUUGUGUCAGCACGUCUGGGGAUCGGUUUUGUUUAUGGCGGGUUUCAAGAACCCUAAGGUUUGUAAGAGAUUCAACGAGUUUCGCCAGCUGAGUUUUUUUGGAUGUGGACGCAAGACUGAUCAGUUUUCCCCUCAGUAUGGCCUUGUGAGCGGCCCACAGUAUUACCGGUAAAGAUACCGAGGGUGUAUUGAGAGUGAAAUAGUCCAUUAUGUCUUUGUGGAUGGAAUCUUUCAAGAUGGGGUUAUGGAGCAGGGUUGGGUUCAGUCUCCAUGACCAUGUGAUAUUAGGAAUUGAUACGGUCAAAGUGACUUCGGCAAAUGUCCAACCAUGAGAUGGUUUCAAUAGAGGCUGCCUUGACCAUAGGCAGGAGGGAGGGGGUAAUUAGAAAGUGGUCUUGAGGUAUGAAUUGUAUGGGUGCAAAUAAAAGGUAUAGUCCCGUGUAGACGGUUGUAGCAUCCGCCAUGCGUCCGCCAAAUGUAGGCACAAGGCAAAGGCCUGGAUCACUUUGUCAGAUUUGGUCAUGGGUACUGAGCGUUGUUGGUGGUGGUGUGGGCAAUGUCUGUCCACCAAUGGUGACAUUGUGGCAUUAUAGUCUCCUCCAAUAAUCUUAUAGUGGGCUGGGAAUAAGACCAAAUUCGUGUAUAGUCAGCCCCAGUUAGGUUAGCCCAUCUCAUAAGCUGAUGCCUCUUAGAGGGGAUGUUGAGGCAUUUACAGCUAAUGGACACGCAUGUCAUCUCAGAACCCAUGUUAGCUGGUUAUGACUUGAUGGGAAUGUUACUGGCUCCCGGUCCUUCCCAUCAGAGCUGUGGCCGCGCGCCCACCACGAAGGGUACUCGGGGGGGGGGAGUGGGGGGGAAUUAGUUAGGGAAUUGGAUAGAAGAGGGGAGGGUGGGGAGAGAGGAGAAGAGGUCAGAGUGAAACUGGAGGAUAGAGGGGGAUGGUAGGAUGCCCGUAAGGAUGGAGAGGGAUUGAAUAUGAGGGAGUUCUCCGAGUGGUACUUUAUUGUUUUUAAAGACAGAUAAAUGAAACACUAGGUGUGAAAAAGAGGAUUUAGGAAUGAUCAUAUGAAAUCUUUAUAGGGAUUAUUAUAUAUUAUUAUAUGACAGCAUAGAGAUAGAAAAAUAAAAUAAACUCUCAUAGUAGACUAGUCACAAUUGAUGUAAGCUCAUUGCCUACCAAUAAAAUAUCACAUUACAAUUUACUUGUUAUGGUACACACAAAUUGCUUUACUCUUUAUGCUUUACUCUACAAGGUAAAUUUUACAUUUUAGGCUGAAGUAGCUGAACCUGAAGCAUAACUGACCUAAAGAUUUUUUUCAAUUCAGCUCUUUUGGCCUUAAAUUUUAAAUUCACUUUGAAUUCUCACUUCCAUCUAAUUUAUGUUCAAAUAAGUAGCUUUCUGAUUUAAUGUGCUUAAUUAAUUAAUAAGUAAAAUAAUAAGUGUGUGCUCUUUGUUUGCAGAUCCAUUGUCUUGUGA